GAGUCUCGCCUCCCGCGCGCUGGUAGUUUGUGUGACUCUAGGCAUAUCACUUCCUUGCUGUGCAGUCUGGACCCGAUCACUAAGCCUCCUUGAAUACCUGAGAUUCUCAUCCACAUCUGCUUGGAAGCCAGAACAGAUUGAUCACUAUGGAUGGAGGGGAUGAUGGUAACCUUGUCAUCAAAAAGAGGUUUGUAUCUGAGGCAGAGCUGGAUGAACGGCGCAAACGGAGACAAGAAGAAUGGGAGAAGGUUCGAAAACCCGAAGAUCCAGAAGAAUGUCCAGAGGAAGUUUAUGACCCCCGGUCUCUCUAUGAAAGGCUGCAGGAGCAGAAAGACAGGAAGCAGCAGGAGUAUGAAGAGCAGUUCAAAUUCAAAAACAUGGUAAGAGGCUUAGAUGAAGAUGAGACCAACUUCCUUGAUGAGGUUUCUCGGCAGCAGGAACUACUAGAAAAACAACGAAGAGAAGAAGAACUGCAAGAACUGAAGGAAUACAGAAGUAAUCUCAACAAGGUUGGAAUUUCUUCAGAAAAUAAGAAGGAAGUGGAGAAGAAACUGACUGUGAAACCCAUGGAAACCAAGAACAAGUUCUCCCAGGCCAAGCUGUUGGCAGGAGCCGUGAAGCAUAAGAGCUCAGAGAGUGGCAACAGUGUGAAAAGACUGAAACCAGACCCUGACCCAGAUGACAAGAAUCAAGAGGCACCAUCCCGCGUGUCUCUUGGAAGCACUUCCCUGAGUGGCCCCUCUAUCCACUGCCCCUCUGCUGCAGUGUGCAUCGGGAUCCUCCCUGGCCUGGGUGCCUACUCUGGGAGCAGCGACUCGGAGUCCAGCUCAGACAGCGAAGGUACCAUCAACGCCACCGGGAAGAUCGUCUCCUCCAUCUUCCGAACCAACACCUUCCUCGAGGCCCCCUAGCUCCUCCGUCCUCACCACAGGGAGCUCCUCCCCAGUAGUAGACUGGACUGUUUAUGCCGCCCACAGGCAUUUCUUCCCUCACAAACUCCUUUGCCUGCUUCCUGUGCACACUGACAUUUUUAACCCAACCUAAAAAUGUGCCACACUCCACCGUGGCCCGAAUUAUGUUUGGUUCUCUUUCUACUGCCUUGCAGAUGGCCAAAC